GCCUGCCGCUGGGGAGCCCGCGACCCGGGCUGGGUGUGUGUGUGUGGGGGGGCGGUGGCCGCAAGGCGGGCGCGCAGGAUGGGACACCGAGACACCGACGGAAUGCUCCGAAUUGCCACAUAAUCCCUUGGAACGGCCGCGCCGAACGCCAUUGGCUUCUUCCUUCGCGGCGCGCCGCCGCCGCCGCCGCCCCCUCCCACCUUCGCCUUACCUCCUCCCUCGGCUCGUGGCCUCCGGAGCUGGGGGGGAACGUGAAGCCCCGCUGCAAUGGAGCCCGCCGCGGCCCCGGCGCAGCGACUCCCUGACCCAGGCUCCGGGGAGGACCGAGCUCCGGCGGCGGGGGCGGCCGGGGGCGGCCGGAGCCCGGAGCCCGCGCUGACCCCGGCGGCUGUGAUCGGCGGGAGCGGCGGGGCGCGGGAAGAGGCCCCUAGCGAGGCGCCGCCGGGGCCGCUGACCGGCAGGGCUGGGGGCACUGGCCGCAGGAGGCGGCGCGGGGCUCCGCAGCCCACGGCCGGCGCGGCUGCCCCGGUGUCCGCGGCCGGCAGCGCCGCCAACUCCCUCCUGCUCAGGAGAGGGCGGCUGAAGAGGAAUUUGUCCGCGGCCGCUGCCUCCUCGUCGUCCUCCGGCGCUGCCUGCCUCCCCGCCUCCUGCUCGGCCUCGGCGUCACUCUGCACCCGCAGCCUGGACAGGAAGACGUUACUCGUGAAGCACCGGCAGCUGCUGCAGCUGCAGCCGUCGGACCGGGACUGGGUGAGAAGCCAGCUCCAGCGGGGCUGCGUGCACGUCUUCGACCGCCACAUGGCCUCAACUUACCUGCGCCCGGUGCUCUGCACGCUGGACACCACGGCAGGCGAAGUGGCUGCCCACCUCUUGCAGCUGGGCCACAAAGGCGGCGGCGUGGUCAAGGUGCUGAGCCAGGAUUCCGGACCUUCCGUCGCCAGGCCCCGGCUCGAGCCCCCCGAGUGCCGAGACUCGGGUGUCGUCAGGGGACCCCCGCGUGCGCCCCCAGCUGACCUGCAGCUGCCUGCCGGCGGCCCCCGGACCAGCCCCGCGCCCUUGGACGCCAGCCCCGGCGAGCCGCGUCCCGGAGGACUUACCUCCCCGGCCGGCGCCCCGCGGCGUCUCGAUGGUGCAGCCUCCGACACCGAGAGCUUCAGCCUGAGCCCCAGCGCCGAGAGCGUGUCGGACCGGCUGGACCCGUACAGCAGCGGCGGCGGUUCUUCGUCGGAGGAGGAGUUCGAGGCCGACCCCAGCCAGUCCCACCGCACCCUCCAGCCCCGGCCGCUCUCCCCGACGGCCUCCCUCCAUCGACUGCCGCAGAAAACCUCAGUGGGUGUUGACAGCCAGGACGGGGCGACCCGCGAGGGGCCGCUGGAGGAGCAGGUGGCGGCAGCCCCGGUGGGCCUCCCGUGCAUGCCCCAGAGGAGCAGAGCCCCCUUGGAGAACGGACCUCUGCCUCCCACCCUAUACGUGCAGCUCCACGGAGAGACCACCCGGCGCCUGGAGGCAGACGAGAAGCCACUACAGAUCCAAAAUGACUACCUCUUCCAGCUAGGAUUUGGGGAGUUGUGGAGGGUGCAAGAAGAAGGCAUGGACUCAGAGAUUGGCUGCCUCAUCCGCUUCUAUGCAGGAAAACCUCACAGCUCUGGUAGCUCUGAGCGGAUUCAGCUCUCAGGAAUGUAUAAUGUUCGCAAAGGCAAAAUGCAGUUGCCAGUGAACCGGUGGACCAGACGCCACGUUAUUCUGUGCGGGACCUGCUUGAUAGUAUCAUCUGUGAAGGACAGCUUGACUGGAAAGAUGCAUGUUUUGCCACUAAUUGGUGGAAAAGUAGAAGAAGUGAAAAAGCACCAGCACUGUUUAGCCUUCAGUUCCUCGGGACCCCAAAGCCAGACUUACUACAUUUGCUUUGAUACUUUCACAGAGUAUUUAAGGUGGCUGCGGCAAGUUUCCAAGGUUGCUUCCCAACGCAUUAGUUCAGUGGACCUCUCAUGUUGUAGCCUGGAACAUCUGCCUGCCAACCUGUUCUACAGCCAAGACCUCACCCAUCUCAACUUAAAACAAAACUUCAUAAGGCAAAAUCCCAGCCUUCCAGCUGCCAGAGGGCUCAAUGAACUGCAAAGGUUCACCAAGUUGAAGAGUCUUAACCUUUCCAAUAAUCAUCUAGGGGACUUCCCAUUAGCAGUCUGCAGUAUCCCAACCCUGACAGAACUCAACGUGUCCUGUAAUGCCCUGCGAGCAGUGCCGGCUUCCGUGGGGGCUAUGCACAAUUUGCACACAUUUUUGUUGGAUGGAAACUUUCUCCAGUCCCUUCCUGCUGAGUUGGAGAACAUGCACCAGCUCAGUUAUCUUGGACUUUCAUUCAAUGAAUUCACUGACAUUCCAGAGGUGUUGGAAAAAUUAACUGCUAUGGAUAAACUUUGUAUGUCUGGAAACUGUAUGGAGACCCUUAGGCUACAGGCUUUAAGAAGAAUGCCUCACAUUAAACAUGUGGACCUAAGACUGAAUAUAAUUAGGAAACUUAUAGCAGAUGAAGUGGAGUUUCUGCAGCAUGUCACCCAGCUUGAUCUUCGAGACAAUAAACUUGGUGAUCUAGAUGCUAUGAUUUUCAACAACCUUGAAGUUCUACACUGUGAAAGAAAUCAAUUGGUGACAUUAAGCAUUUGUGGCUAUUUCUUAAAAGCACUCUAUGCCUCUUCUAAUGAACUUGUUCAACUAGAUGUUUACCCAGUUCCGAAUUAUCUGUCCUACAUGGAUGUUUCAAGGAACCGCUUAGAAAAUGUGCCUGAGUGGGUAUUUGAAAGCCGAAAGCUAGAAGUUUUGGAUAUUGGCCACAAUCAAAUAUGCGACCUUCCAGCCCGCUUAUUUUGUAAUAGUAGUCUCCGUAAACUGCUAGCAGGUCACAACCAAUUAGCACGGCUGCCUGAAAGGCUGGAAAGAACUUCAGUGGAGGUCUUGGAUGUGCAGCACAACCAGCUCGUUGAGCUACCACCUAACCUUCUCCUGAAGGCUGACAGCCUGCGAUUCCUGAAUGCAUCUGCAAACAAACUGGAAAACCUUCCUCCAGCUACACUUUCUGAAGAGACAAACAGUAUCUUACAGGAGUUGUAUUUGACAAAUAACAACCUCACAGAUAAAUGUGUGCCCUUAUUAACAGGACACCCUCAUCUGAAGAUCCUUCACAUGGCCUAUAAUCGACUUCAGAGUUUUCCAGCAAGUAAAAUGGCAAAACUGGAGGAACUUGAAGAAAUUGAUAUCAGCGGUAAUAAAUUGAAAGCCAUCCCAACCACGAUCUUGAAUUGCAGGCGCAUGCACACUGUGAUUGCUCACUCUAAUUGCAUUGAAGUCUUUCCUGAAGUUAUGCAGCUCCCAGAAAUCAAGUGUGUGGACCUGAGCUGUAAUGAGCUAAGUGAAGUCACUUUGCCAGAAAACCUGCCACCCAAACUACAAGAACUCGACCUGACUGGAAAUCCCCGCCUUGCCCUGGACCACAAAACUCUGGAACUGCUGAAUAAUAUCCGCUGCUUUAAGAUUGAUCAGCCUUCAGCAGGAGAUGCAUCUGGAGCCCCAGCUGUAUGGAGUCAUGGUUACACUGAGGCUUCAGGGGUGAAAAACAAGUUGUGUGUUGCAGCUCUGUCUGUCAAUAAUUUCUGUGACAACCGAGAGGCUCUGUAUGGUGUAUUUGAUGGAGACCGCAAUGUGGAGGUACCUUACCUUCUCCAGUGUACCAUGAGUGACAUUUUGGCUGAAGAGCUGCAGAAAACUAAAAAUGAAGAAGAAUACAUGGUCAAUACAUUCAUCGUUAUGCAAAGAAAACUUGGAACUGCUGGACAGAAACUUGGUGGUGCUGCUGUCCUUUGUCAUAUCAAGCAUGACCCUGUGGACCCUGGAGGAUCCUUCACCUUGACCUCUGCUAAUGUGGGCAAGUGCCAGACAGUUCUCUGUCGAAAUGGGAAGCCACUGCCUCUGUCCAGAUCAUAUGUCAUGAGCUGUGAAGAAGAGCUGAAGAGAAUUAAGCAGCACAAAGCCAUUAUCACUGAGGAUGGCAAGGUGAAUGGAGUGACUGAGUCCACACGCAUCCUGGGCUACACCUUCCUCCACCCCAGUGUGGUGCCUCGCCCCCACGUGCAGUCUGUGCUCCUCACCCCCCAGGACGAGUUCUUCAUUCUGGGCAGCAAGGGGCUGUGGGACAGCUUGUCCAUUGAGGAGGCUGUGGAGGCCGUGCGCAACGUGCCCGAUGCCUUAGCUGCUGCCAAGAAGCUGUGCACCCUGGCCCAGAGCUAUGGCUGCCACGACAGUGUCAGUGCCGUGGUAGUGCAGCUCAGUGUCACCGAGGACAGCUUCUGUUGCUGUGAGCUUGCUACCACUGGGAGUGUCCCACCACCCAGCCCAGGCAUCUUCCCUCCCUCUGUCAACAUGGUAAUCAAGGAUCGGCCCUCAGACGGGCUGGGUGUGCCGUCCUCCAGCAGUGGCAUGGCCUCUGAGAUCAGCAGUGAGCUCUCCACUUCAGAGAUGAGCAGUGAGGUGGGGUCAACAGCCUCUGAUGAGCCCCCAUCCGGAGCCCUAAAUGACAGCAGCUCUGCCUAUCCUAGCGAGCAGCGCUGCAUGCUGCACCCCGUCUGUCUGUCCAACUCCUUCCAGCGCCAGCUGUCCAGUGCCACUUUCUCCAGCGCCUUCUCGGACAAUGGCCUUGACAGUGAUGAUGAAGAACCAAUUGAGGGCGUCUUCACCAAUGGCAGUCGGGUGGAGGUAGAGGUGGACAUCCACUGUAGUCGGGCUAAGGAGGAGAAGCAGCAGCACCAGCUACAGAUGCCAGCUGAGGCCAGCGAUGAAGGCAUUGUCAUCAGCGCCAAUGAGGAUGAGCCGGGUCUUCCCAGGAAGGCAGACUUUUCUUCUGUAGGAACCAUUGGGCGCCGCAGGGCUAACGGCUCUGUAGCGCCCCAGGAAAGGAGCCACAAUGUGAUUGAGGUUGCUACAGAUGCCCCUCUUCGGAAGCCUGGAGGCUAUUUUGCUGCCCCAGCUCAGCCAGAUCCUGACGAUCAGUUUAUCAUUCCCCCAGAGCUGGAAGAGGAAGUCAAAGAGAUCAUGAAACACCACCAGGAGCAGCAGCAGCAGCCACCACCACUACCGCAGCAGCCCCUGCAGCGGCAGUUUCCGACGGACCAGCUGCCGGACUGUUAUGACACACCACUAUGACCCAGUCUGAGUGCUGUUCUAAAAAAUAAACUAACCCAGAAAGACUGAGUUGCAAGAGUCUCCCAGGCUCGCAUUAAACCAGGGGUUUUACUCCGUGUCCUCCCAGACACUGUCCCCAGCCUAUCUUUUCAGCUAAUCUAUAGGUUCCCUUUCUGUUGGUUAUUUUUAAAAUAAUUACCACUUUUCUUCUAGUGAUCCGUUACCAAUAUGAUUUAAAUUUGUUAACUUCUUUCCUUAACAUAUCAGAUGUGUAAAGACAAAGAACAAAAGGUUUAAUAUAUUACAGAGAAACGGUUAUGAUAAUGUAAUAUUUUUUAAAAAAGGUUUUUGUUUUGUUUGUUGGAAGGCAGGGCAGGUUGCCAUUGCUAAAUGAUAUAAUAAUAUUGUAAUUCUGUAUUUCUUGGAGGGGAAGCCUUUUUUGUCUUGAAAAUGAUAGACAUUUGUAGAAUAUGGAGACUAACUCCUAGGAGUUGCUUUACUCUGUCAGGUGACUUAAGUCACUGGGAUUCACUAAUUUUCUCUGAGAGAACAGUUGAUUGAGAAAUUUCUAUUGUAAAUAGCUCAGUGUUAUAUAGUGAUGCUUAAAAUGUUUUGUAGUCUUGGCAUAUAAGGACAUAGCCUAAAUAACUGACUUUUCUUCUUCCCUUCUGAUGAGCCUUCCCUGCCAGUCCCCACCCUAGCUCACCUUCCUAGUGGAGGCCAGGCAGCCCACACACUGCUGUUCAGAUGAGGCGGCUCUGAGACCACUGGAUGAGAGCCUGCACUAAGGGGCCUGGAAUCUGUUUCUUUCCUCUCCUGGGCUCUUGACUUUUGCAGACACUUUUUAAUUGUGUUCCUUACUGCUGCCACAAUCAGCAUGACUGUAUAGUGUUCCAUUAGACCAUUUACAUACCCAGAGUUAUAUUAAAGCAGAAUGCACAAAUGGACAUGUCAUAAUUUUUGUUAUAAUAAAUAUGAAAUUUACAAGUA